GCAGCACUAUCAGUCACAGCGCAGGCAGCAGCAGCGACAGCAGCAGCAGCAACAAACUCUCUCUCGUCUUUUUUUUUUCCCCCCCUCGCUCUUCUUUCCGGAGUUGUAUCCCGCUCCGUGGACAAAAGCUGGAGAAGUAGGAGGGAAGUGAUCCAGGGCUGAAAGCUGCCAUCAAGAAGAAGAAAGAGGGAAAAAAAACGCAGACCUGGCUGCCCACAUGCCUAUCGAAUUUGUUUGCAAAAUCAAAUUUGCAGAGGAGGAUGAGAAGCAGAAAAGCAAGCAAGAUGGGGAUAAGGAGAGCCUGAUCGAAGAGAGCUGCACUCCACCGGCCAAAGACUUGGCAGGGUUUGCCAACUCCUGCUCCCUCCAUGGGAUCAACCACAUCUUCGUCUCUGGCCGCCUGGGUAUCCGGCAGACUCUCUGGGCUCUUGCCUUCUUGACUUCUCUGGCGCUCUUUCUGUACCAGGCGGCCAAGUGUGCAAUCUCCUACCUGGAGCAUCCUCAUGUGACCGCUCUGAACGAGGAGGCAACCCCGGAGAUGGUCUUCCCCGCGGUGACCAUCUGCAACAUCAACCGCUUUCGCUUCUCGGCUCUCACCGAUGCCGACAUCUAUCAUCUGGCAAACUUGACGGGUCUGCCCCCCAAGAACAGGGACGGGCACAAACCCACCGAUCUGAUGUACCCAGCCCCCGACAUGCAGGACAUCUUCAACAGGACGGGACACCAGCUGGAGGAGAUGCUGAUGAGCUGCAAUUUUAGUGGACAAAACUGCUCAGUUGAGGACUUCUCUGUGGUUUACACCAGAUAUGGGAAAUGCUACACUUUUAAUGGCAACAAGACUACAUCCAAGAAGACCAAGCAGGGCGGGAUGGGAAAUGGGCUGGAGAUCAUGUUGGAUAUCCAGCAGGACGAGUAUCUGCCCAUCUGGAGAGAGACAAAUGAGACGUCCCUGGAGGCCGGCAUCCGAGUUCAGAUCCACAGUCAAGACGAGCCUCCCUACAUCCACCAGCUGGGCUUCGGCGUCUCCCCUGGCUUCCAGACCUUUGUUUCCUGUCAGGAGCAGAGGCUGACCUACCUGCCCCAGCCCUGGGGGAACUGCCGCUCCACCAGCAAGGAGAAGUUCCCGGGAUACGACACGUACAGCAUCAGCGCCUGUCGCCUGCUCUGCGAGACCAACGAGGUCAUGCGGGUGUGCAACUGCAGAAUGGUGCACAUGCCUGGAACUGCAGCUAUCUGCCCUCCCAGUAAAAUCAACUGUGUUGACAAAGCGCUCGCACAGCUACAGAAGAACAGUGGGGAUAUCUGUCCAUGCGAGACGCCAUGUAAUCUCACCCGCUACGGUAAAGAGCUCUCCAUGGUCAAAAUCCCCAGCAAGGGCUCUGCUCGCUAUCUCUCCAGGAAAUACGACAAGUCAGAGGACUACAUCAGAGACAACUUCUUGGUGUUAGAUAUCUUCUUCGAAGCGCUGAACUAUGAAACAAUUGAGCAAAAGAAAGCAUACGAUGUUGCAGGUUUAUUAGGUGACAUUGGUGGACAAAUGGGUUUAUUCAUUGGUGCCAGCAUCCUGACAGUCUUAGAAAUACUGGAUUACAUCUAUGAGCUGAUCAAGCAUCGGCUACGGCGUCUGCUGAGACCGCAGAAGGAAGAGAAGAAGAAUACCCAGCCGACCACAACUGUUGCAACAGUGGGUCUAGAAGAAAUGAAAGCAAAGGAGCCCAAUGACAUGACCCGGAGUCACCCAGAGGGGGCGUACGCCAACACGAUACUCCCUAACCACCACGUCCCUCACCCUCAUCCUCAUCCUCACCCUCACCCACAACCUCAUCCACCCCCUCAUCCUCCCCCUCAUCAUCAUCGCCCAGGACACCACGGGGUGUUUGAGGACUUUGCUUGCUAAAGCCAACUUUUGUUUCCAGUUCCUGGGGGACAAAACAAGACAAGAACUUUCUUUCUGUGUUGAGACGACAACAGACUACCCUCUCCCUACCGCUGCAUCUCCGUUGUUUCUUUGCUCUCACCAGUGAAAAGCUACGGCCAAAGUCAACAACACCAAACGAGUGCUGCUAACAAACCACUUGUAUGUACAGUAUUGGCACAAAUCGGACACGGCUUCUUUUCUUCUUCUUCUUCUGUUUUUCUUGUUUUGAUCCUAAUGGGAACCCAACUUUACGUUACCUCCGGGCACAUCGGGACAACACGACCACCUCUUUGGUACAUGAUUGCUUCAAAGGGAUAAGAGGAGAAAACGCACGUCACACCGAUCCAGUUUCUUCUCCAAAACAGCAUUAAUUUAUUUAAUUGGCAUCUGUUUUAAUUAGUAAUAUUACUACGUCUGUGUUCCUAAAUCUAGUCUGACUUCAUGAAGCUGUAUCAAAUCAUUACACAUGUUAAAUUAUGUAAUUAUUUAACAAAAUGCUAUUAUCUGUCUGUUCUGUAUUGAUAACAGUGGUUCAGUAAGCAAACCUUGUUGGUGUUAAACCAUCCAAAGCGCGAGUGGACUUCUUUAGGCUGGAAAAAUUGUGACCUCUGCUUCGAAGAGCUAGCAGCAUCUCUCCACUUUAAAAAUUCUGUCUGGUUUGUGGUUAAGGUGUUAGAGAGUAGCGGUGUACCUGUACAUAAACACAAAAGUCCUACAAGGUUUGUUUUAAUGGUUGUUGUUUAUGUUUAUUUGCUAUAUAACUUAUGGAAUAUCAGUUUUAAUUAUUUAUACAUUUUAGAUGAGAUUUUUUAUAUGAAAAUAGAGAUCAUGAUUGUAGCAAAUACUGUACACUGACUGUCUGCAGAUAUACCUGAUGGCCGAACAUUACCAUAAGGGACUCAGACUUACAGUGCAAUGCAAAAGUAUUCAUAACCCUUGGAUUUUAUUUUUUAUUUUUUGGUCGUAUUUUGUCACAUCACAACCACAAAACUUGUGCAUUUUGUUGGGAUUUUAUGUGUCAGGCCAAAACAGAGCAGCGUAUAACUG